AUGGAGAGAAAACACAUGUCCGCUUUCCACAUGUAUCAGACGAUUUCAUCAGAAUUACCGUCUCCUGCUAAGAAGCGUUCAAUUCAGGUGGGAUCCAAGAAAAAGAAAAGAGAAAACAACAUUGAAAAUGUUCAUUCUGCAAAACAAGGGAAAAAGAGGAAAAUGAAAGCCAAGAAUCAUUCGACCGAGGGUCCAGUUGAGGAAAUAACACAAAUGGAAUCUAUAAACAUGGACGAGGAGGCACUAAAUGUAUUACUGGCUGAGCUUAUGAAAAUUAACAACAGCAAGGAUCGUGCUAGUAAGCUUUUCCAGUGGCUGAUUGACCCUAUUCCUACCAAGACCUUCUUCAGGGAAACUUGGGAGAAGAAACCCAUUCUUGUUCAGCGCAAAAAUCCAAAUUACUACUAUGGCUUAUUCUCAACGCAAGAAUUUGACCGCAUACUUCGACAGGAUGAUGUUCAGUAUGGAGUGAAUCUCGAUGUUACAAGUUACACAGAAGGCAAGAGGGAAACACACAAUCCCCCUGGAAGAGCUUUGCCUUUAACCGUGUGGGAUUUUUAUAAGAGUGGCUGCUCCCUACGUAUGCUGAAUCCUCAGGCGUUCUCCUCUACCGUGUGGAAUGUGCUGUCCAUUCUGCAGGAACAUUUUGGUAGCAUGGCAGGCGCCAAUGUCUACCUGACACCGCCUGGAACGCAAGGAUUUGCACCACAUUAUGAUGACAUCGAGGCAUUUGUGAUUCAGCUAGAGGGAAAGAAGCACUGGAGGGUCUACAACCCAAGGUCAGAUGACGAAGUGCUGCCUGUGCUUUCAAGUCCGAACUUUGACCAGGCAGAGAUUGGAAAGCCAAUUUUGGAAGUGGUGCUGGAAGCAGGAGAUCUGCUCUACUUUCCUCGAGGGUUCAUCCACCAGGGGUACUGCCUCCCAGACACGCAUUCCCUUCACAUUACCAUCUCCUCCUAUCAGAAGAACAGCUGGGGAGAUCUGCUGCAAAAGAUGGUUCCAACUGCUCUUGAAAUUGCCAUGGAGGAAGAUGUCGAGUUCAGGCAGGGUUUACCCCUGGACUACCUCUCUUACAUGGGCGUUCAAAAUUCUGACAUGGAUGACCCACGAAGGACAAAAUUCUUCUCCCAAAUUGAUCAUCUAUUGAACAAACUUAAGAAUUUUGCUCCUGUUGAUGCAGCUGUGGAUCUCAAAGCUAGAGACUUCCUUCACGACUGCUUACCUCCAAAGCUUACCCCGGAGGAAGCAGCCGGCAGUGUGCACGGGGCACCUGCUCGGUGGGAGGAUGGGCAUGCAAAAGAUGUAGGUGCAUAUAUCACAAGUCAGACUCGAGUUGGACUCCUCCGAGCAGGAUGUGCCAGGCUAUGCAGUGAUGGAGAUGCUGUUCAACUUUACUACACCACUGACAACUCCCGAGUUUAUCACAAAGAAGAGCCCAAAAGCUUUGAAAUAAACCCUGAGCACACCGAUGCAGUAGAGUUUCUGAUCCAAUCCUAUCCCAAAUUUGUGAGUGUAGGAAGUUUGCCGUGUCAUUCGCUACAGGAAAAGAUCACUUUGGCCGACCUUCUUUUUAAGAAAGGGGUCAUCUUUAAGGAAUCACCUUAG